GAAAUUGUCGCUGUCAUCCAGCAAAAGCUGCUCCUGCUUUGUUAGUAUGAUAAGACAAUAGCAAAAGAUGUCAACGAAAUCACAAGCAUCAUCAUGGUCUAGGCUUCUCAGCCAAACCCUUCAAAACCCACCCAAAACCCUGGCUUCAUUUUCCCGGAAAAUCUCAACUUUCCCCCGCGUUCUCGCCAGCCAAACACCCGGUUUGCACAUUUCGCCCAGUUCCCAUUUCUCGGAUAUUUCUUCCCUCCCCAAUGGUACCCCUAAAAUCGCCACAAAACCCCAUUUCUCAUUUUCCCGGAAAAUCUCAACUUUUUCUCAUUUUCCCACCAACCAAGCACCAAAAUCAUCACUUUCUUCAAAAAAAUGUCAUUUCUCCACAGCCAUCUCAUCCAGAGUAGUUGAGGAUCUUCUUGCUGAACUGGAGCGGGAGAAGCAGAGAGAAAGGGAUGAUCGGAAGAGAAGAGGUUUGGAUACAAAGGAUAUUGAUGAAGCGGAUCAAGAAGAUUACAUGGGUGUAAUGCCAUUGAUAGAGAAGCUUGAGAAGGAGAAAUUGAAGGAUACUCCGGAUUUAGACCUUUAUGAGGAGCCCACGGAUUCAGAUAGCGAUGAAGAUGAUGAGACUGUUGAAGCAGGGGAGAAGAGGCUAGAGGAUUUUCAGAAGAAGUAUAAGAGGCAUGAGGAGUUGCUAAAGCACUUCGCCAACGCUGAGACACGCGAUGAUGCUUUUAAAUGGAUGAAUAAAAUUGACAAGUUUGAGGAAAAGCAUUUUAAACUUCGCCCUGAAUAUAGGGUCAUUGGUGACUUGAUGAACACACUUAAGGUUGCAGAAGGCAAGGAGAAAUUUAUUCUUCAGCAAAAAUUGAAUAGGGCAAUGAGGCUGGUUGAGUGGAAGGAAGCCUAUGACCCCAAUAAUCCUGCCAAUUAUGGAGUUAUUCAGCAUGAGCAAGUCGAUUCUUCUACUGAUCUUGUGGAACAUGCUGGAUUUGAGAAGGAGAAGCAAAUGAUACAUGGAGAUGGUGAUGAUGAUGAUGAGGAAUUUGAUGAUAUGAAAGAGCAGGAUGAUAUACUAUCGGAGAAGCUCAAUGAUAUUGACAAGAAACUUGAAGAGAAGCUGGCAGAGUUGGAUCAUACGUUUGGGAAGAAGGGAAAGCUUCUGGAGGAGGAGAUCAGAGAUCUUGCAGAGGAAAGAAAUGCUUUGACUGAGAAGAAAAGAAGACCUCUUUACAGAAAGGGUUUUGAUGUGAAGUUAAUAGAUGUAAAUCGAACUUGUAAAGUAACAAAGGGAGGGCAAGUUGUCAAGUACACUGCUCUGUUAGCUUGUGGAAACUAUCAUGGUGUUGUUGGCUAUGCAAAGGCCAAAGCCCCAGCAGUCCCUAUUGCACUUCAGAAGGCAUAUGAGAAAUGCUUUCAGAAUCUCCACUAUAUCGAACGACAUGAGGAGCAUACAAUUGCCCAUGCAAUUCAAACAUCAUAUAAGAAGACUAAGGUGUAUCUCUGGCCUGCACCAACUACAACAGGUAUGACAGCUGGAAGAACUGUCCAAACCAUUUUGAGUCUUGCUGGCUUCAAGAAUAUCAAAUCGAAGGUUGUUGGCUCAAGGAAUCCUCACAACACUGUCAAGGCUCUUUUUAAAGCCCUCAAUGCAAUUGAAACUCCAAAAGACAUUCAGGAGAAGUUUGGCAGGACAGUUGUGGAGAAAUACUUGCUGCAGUAAGCAUGACAGCCAAAGCAGCAUACCUUGUGUUUUCUCAAUUUGGAUUUUUGAACAGUUUGAAUUAUAAAUUAGAUGAGAAAAAAAAAAUUUUGAAUCAUAAAUUAGAUGAGAAAAAAAAUUGAAAAUUUUGUCAUUGUAUGUUGCUUUCCUAUGUAUUUGGUAGAUAUAUUUUGCUACAUUUUCUCCUUGGUCCACCAUUGAGAUCAGAUAAAGGGAAUCAAGUCUAUUUUGUUUUAUUAAAAAUGAGGUCAAAUCUGAUUCUAGCUUUCAAUAAUCUGAAAGCACCCAAGCAUGUCAUUGCCGGUGAGUUAGUAGACUGAAGUUAUGUUGUUGGUUUCAGCAGUGUUACCAAUUCUUUUAUCACAUAAAUAGUUUUUAUUUAUUUAUUUAUUUCACAACAAAUUGAAUGCCUGAUUGACAUGAACUUUACAGUUCUCAUUCAUGGUAAACUUUUAUACUUUUAUUAUGAUAAAAAUGUAAUUGUUUAAGCAAAA